UUCAGCUUUAAGUUCCUAAUCUCAGAAGAAAAAAAAUAACACAGAUAGGUUUUUCAUUUUUAGGUGCGAAAUUACGAAAAUGUCCCCAGCGACUGCAGCCGCACCAAACAGUAGCCGAACGGCUAAAAUUGCCCCAACAAGUUUUCGACCGAGGCGCAGGCUGAGUUGCCUACGCACUGCCGGCGCAUGUUAGCGCGUCCACUUGUGUAUCGCCACGUCAUACGGUUGCCACCCCCCCACCCCCUACCCACGAUAUUCCCCCCCCCCAAUCCCUGCAGCAGCUGCGGUGCGGUACCAGUCGCACUCGAAAUUGACGGGGAGAAUAAUCGCAAUUCGCCUCUGGGAGGGACAAUUUGAUUCUGGUACAUGGCGCCAUCGUCGAUUCCGGUGACUCAGGGCGACCAGCCUCGGGUCGGGCCGAGGAGGAGGAGGAGGACUAAGUAUCGGUCUAUUGAGGAGAUCAUGAGAGUGGCGAAGCCUGCGGUGUUAUUGGAGGAUGAAGGAGAAGAUGAGGGCGAUUGCGACAGCGGCGGCGAUUAUUACGAGCGCGUGGCCUGCGAGCAAUGUGGCUCCGGCGAGCGAGACGAGGAGCUGGUUUUGUGCGACAGAUGUGACAGAGGAUACCACAUAGGUUGCGUUCGCCCAAUUGUGGCCCGAAUUCCCAUCGGGCCCUGGUUCUGCCCUUCCUGCGCCAAUGAUCACAAUCUUCCUCUCAAAAGUUUCACACAGAAGAAAAUUGUUGAUUUUUUUAGGAUUCAGAAGAGUGGGGAAUUCGUCCUUAACCAGGUCUCCCCUCAAGAUGCUAAAAAACGCCGUAGACGUAAUACACUGGUAUUCCAUAAGAAGCGCCGGAGAUUGCUGCCAUAUGUUCCUUCAGAGGAUCCGGGAAGAAGGCUUGUGCAGUUGGAAUCCCUAGCCAAAGCUUUGACAGCUCAUGGCAUGGAGUUCAGCAACGAGCUAACUUACCUACCUACCAUGGCAGCCCGGGCAGCAAACCAAGCGAUUUUUGAAGAUGGUGGCAUGCAGGUUCUUUCUAGAGAAGAUAUCGAGACACUUGAACACUGUAAGGCUAUGCACCGGCGAGGCGAAUAUCCUCCUCUCAUAGUAACCUUCGACUCAUGUGAAGGGUAUACAGUAGAAGCUGAUGGUCCUAUAAAAGACAUGACACUGAUCGCAGAAUAUACAGGAGACGUUGAUUACAUUUCGAACCGGGAACAAGAUGACUGUGACAGCAUGAUGACUCUUCUUUUAGCAACAGAUCCUUCCAAAAGCCUCCUCGUAUGCCCGGAUAAGCGCGGAAACAUUGCUCGUUUUGUUAGCGGCAUAAAUAACCACACAGCGGAAGGCCGGAAGAAGCAGAACGUCAAGUGCGUGAGAUACAACGUGAAUGGCGAAUGCCGAGUGCUUCUUGUUGCAAAGCGUGAUAUUUCGAAGGGAGAGAGGCUUUAUUACGAUUACAACGGCUACGAACAUGAGUAUCCGACUCAUAAUUUUGUCUGAGUCAUCGACAGAGUAGCGAAAUUCGCUUACAACCUCGCAACAGAUAAGAAACCAUUUUUCCCCUUUCGAUUAUACUUACAACUUUGCUGCCUUGGAUUGAAGUAGAACAUUCAGGAAUUCUUGCAAGGCAGAGCAAAUUUUUCUUUAGAUUGUGCAUGCUAAUGCUAAAGGUAGCAGAUUUAUUUUUGCCAGUUAAAAAAAAAAUACAAAAACUUGUUCAUGUAGACAAGAAACAUUUGAUUGCUCAAAUUAAUCUAGUUGGUCAUUAUUUGA